AUGGAUGAAUAAAAGAUUUUAUAAAAGCUUUAAUAAUACAAACUAAAUGUGAAUAGCAAUUAAAGUAUUUCAGACGAAAGAAAGUCAUAGAUUAUUAAAUAAUUAGAUGAGUCUUAUGCAGAUGCAAAAGGAGUUUUUGAGGAAUUCGAAGAAAUAAUUCUCUGCAUUCCUAAUGAGGAUUUAGAAAUUAUAAUUAAUGCAAACAACUAAUCCAGUUAAGUCUAAUUAAAUAGCAGCUAAAUUGCAAGUUAACAAUCAAAUGAAGGAUAUUCGGGAUCAUUAAAUACAAGCAUGUAAUCUCAAUAAAUGUCUCAAGGUUAAAACACCUCAACAAUGGCAAGCAACCAAAUGAUUCCAGGUAGACCUAUGAGCUCAAAUUAUCAAUAAAUACCAGCAUAAUAUCCAUCUCAAAGUACAUUAUAAAAACCCUACGGAUCGUCAUAAUAAUAUAAUGUGCAAGGUGGUUAAUAAGUGCCGCCAAAGAUGUCAAGUACUUAAGGUUAUCCAAGCAGUUAGAUAACACCUGAGAUCAGAAGAUAAUACACUUACUAAUUUUUACUUAAUAUCUUAAAAAGAAAUAUGCAAUAAAUAAGCAAGUAGGAUCCUAAAUAUGCUUAAUGGUAGUAAAAAUAAAAUUAGCUUAUGGAAAAAUAUCAGAAUCAAGUAGAAAUUGAUUAGGAAUAUUGGAGUUUUUUAGAUAAAGGAAGGUUUGUGCAAUAUCAUUUGCAACUCUUUGAAUAAAACAUUAAGUUGUGCUAAGAUCCUAAUAGGCGCGAACAUUUAACUACAUUUCUUAAUUAUUUUAGAAAUAAAAUAACCAACGAUACAGAUUUAUUUUAUUAUUAUUUUAGUACUUAAAACCUAUCUCAAAAUGAUAAAAAAGUUUUAUUGAAUGAAGAUUAAAACUGCACUAAUGAGUUUAAGUAUCUUUUAGAUUUCUUAAAGUAUUCUUAAAAUUAAAUAUUGGAAAGAUAAAUAGAGUCUAUUUAGCAAUAAAAAUAAAUAAAAGGCUUUGAUUCAUUCUUGGUGCUUUUAAAGGAAUUAAAAAUAGAUUAACUUUAUGCCACCUUAGAGACGAGAAUAAGCUAUAUCAAAAAAAUGUAUUAAUGUAUUUAACAAGAAGUGUAUAAUUUCUUUAAGUCACUUGCUCUCGAGCCUAGUUUAUUAUAAGAAAGACAACAAUAAUUUGAGAAGAUCUUGUAGUAGAGAGUUUUAAUCCCUUGCACUUAUAGGGAGCACUUAAUUCUUAAAGAAUUUAAGAAUCUUUAAAACGAUCAAAAUUUUUAAAGUUAUUUCAAUUUAAUUAACAACAUUCUUGCUAAUAAGGAUCUAAAUUAAAUUAUUGGUCAUUUUUAAUAGAUAUUUGCAUAGCAACCAGAAAUCGCAAGUUUUAAUUUAAAAAGAAGCCAAAUUCCUCCAAGAUAAUAAAGCAUGAAUUCCUCAUAAGGACCUAGUGGACCUGUAAGAUAGCCAGAAGAAACAUAGCCAUAUUAAAAAUAAUAACAAUUAAAUCAAAGUUAGUACAAUUAAAUAACUCCUGAACCUAUUUAGCAAAACAUUCCUUAGUAAUAAUUAAAUAGCUCUUCAUAAGGUGUAUCAUAAUCCUAAAAUAAACCUUAAAAUGCACUCACACCAUAAGCAGCAGUACAGACAAACUCUUAAUAGCAAUAUUAAUUUGCAAGCUAAUUUAGAAAUUAAAGUCAAUAAUCAAUGAAAAUUGAGGAAGAAGGAAAAUCAAAUAUUUAAAGCUAAUAGCAAGCAUAGAUAUAAUAAAUAUAACCUAAGGCAGCUUAUGGAUCAUAGAGUAAUUAUGAUGAAACUCCAUCAAGCACUAUCUAGCAAACUAAAUAAGAGUACUAAUAAGUUUAGUAAGAAUAAAAUUAGCAUGCUCUUUAGCCAGCUAAAUAAAUUUUAUCUCAAACAAAGACAAAAACUAAGAGGUUGUUAAGCGAUGAUAUAAUCUAGAAGAGGCUAGAUUAGUUAUGCAAAGAUAAUUAUUUAGAAACACCUUCUGGUCCAGAAACUGAUAAAAUUAUUACAUAUUUAAAUGAAGUUUUUAAGGUCUAUAUGAAAAAUUUAAUCGAGAGACUUCUUUAGAGCAGUAUAGUUGAAAAUAUUGAUAACGAAUUCCGUCUUUUUUGCUCUGAUAAGCUAGAAGCUCAUCUAGUUCCUUUCCGUGGCUAAUCAAUAGAUAAAUAUUUACUUAAUAAAUAGGAUUAUACAGGAGCCAGAGAUUUGACCUUUUUAAAGUAUUACAUAGUCUAAACUGAAAACAAAAAUAUCAGGCGUGCAUAGCUUGAAAAAAAUGAUGAAGAAAUAGAACAAGCUUGUUAUGAUUCCGUUAAUAAAAACUCUCUUUUUGAUAAAUCUUCAAUGAAGUAUGAUCUUGAUAGAACUUAGCGUAAAGGUUGCACAGCUGCUGAUGAAAUAAAAAACAAUAUUCAAAAAAUCCCUCCUUAAAAAUCAAAAAAUGCUAAAAAGGAUUAAAAAUUAGAGUCUAUGCCAUAAGCAAUCAGUCUAGCCACAACUAAUUGCUAAAGAUAGAAAAUAACACUUAAAAAUAUAUAAUUAUAUUUAGAAGCCGAUCCCAUUUACCGUAAAUCAGCUAUUCUCCUGAAAACUUAUUUGUAAUGA